AUGACGGAUACGGAAUCACGCGACUCUCUCAUGUACGAUCGUAUGAUCAUCGGCCUGCGAAUGCUCGCUGCCACCGCUGCCUGGAUUUCUGCCACCAGUUUCUCAGAAGGCAAACAAGAUAAAGCAAAGGCAGGGGAGCUGAAGUCACGGCGCAAUGGUGUUGUUGAAGAAUUCCGGCAGAAUUACUGGAAGUUAGACCCGUAUAUUAGGGCGAGAGCACCGAUGGAUCAUGUUGGGGAUCUGCAGCCGGAUGGAAGGGUUGUGAUGCAUCCCGACACCAAUGGCGAGGCGUAA